AUGCGGACGUCCUCCUCCUCUUUGCCGAGGAAGAGGAAGAGGAAAGACCUCUCGCCUCCCGACACCGUCCUUUUCACUGGCGACUGGCGAUCAUCAGUUAAACAUGUUUUUCGACAGCACUGUCUUCCGCAGCUCGAUAUUAUCGUAUCGUAUCGAACGCGGUACGAUAUUCUUCACCGGGAACAGGAUGUUUGCUCGACGUAUCAUGAGAUUCCUGGGAAGCUGGGGAAUCGCCAAACAAACGGGAUUUCCGGUGAACGAUGCUGUGGACGAAGAAAGCGGAAAGGAGGCAAAUGCGACAAGGGAAGUGACGACGAAGAAAAUAAACAAGAAAGACGACGACGAAGUGCGAAGGAUAUCGCGAGUAAGGGGAUUCUUCGAAGAGUCCCAUCUGAUGGCGGUAUCGCCAAAAGCGUCUUCCUGCUGGCGCUUCUCUGUGCCCAUUGCUGCCUGGCAGGUACCGAAGCUCUGGCCGGCACUCAAAAGUACUGUACUAGGACAAUUAAAACGCGAUACGGUAUCCUGCGCGGUAUCGAGGCUAGAUCGUCGACGGCCGUCGAGACUUAUUACGGCGUGCCGUACGCGACGCCGCCCCUCGGAGCACUGCGUUACAUGCCGCCGGUUACCCCGACACCCUGGCGCGGCAUCAAGUUCGCCGAUACCAUGCAGCCGGCUUGCCCGCAGCGGCCACCGGUAUUGGACGAGAGCUUGCCGCGGCAGAGACAGGCCUACCUCAAAAGGCUGGUGCCAGUACUGGCCAAUCAGAGCGAAGACUGCUUGUAUUUGAACCUCUAUGUGCCCAAAGCUCCUCACGGUAGUAUCGCGGACUCGCUACCGGCCCUCCUCCUUAUUCAUGGCGAUUCAUAUUCGUGGGGCGCCGGAAAUUCAUUUGACGGAACCGCCCUGGCUGCUCACGGACGCCUUAUUGUCGUCUCUAUCAAUUUUCGUCUUGGUGUGCUUGGCUUCUUGAAGACCGGCUCGAAAGGGAGCGCACAGGGCAAUUAUGGAUUGAUGGAUCUGGUGGCGGGGCUUCAUUGGCUGCGCGAGAAUCUCGGAGCUUUCGGUGGCGAUCCUGGGCGACUGGCGUUGUUGGGCCACGGCACCGGGGCGGCCCUCGCCAAUUUUUUAGCCGUCUCUCCUAUGGCAAAAGAGCUGAUCGGGAGGGUGAUUCUGCUCGGUGGUUCGGCCCUCUCGCCAUGGGCGGUGCAGCGAGAUCCGCUGAUGGUGAAGCGUCGCGUCGCCGAGAAGAUCAAAUGUCCCGGUGACGUUGAGGCCGACGAUAUCGCACCGUGCCUUCGUUUAAAGAGCGCUUCCGGAUUUGCACCUUUCGUCGAUGGGACUGUUCUGCCACCGACAGUCAAUCAGAAUUUCCAGCCUACUGCCUCUUCUUCGGGACUAAUGCCGAUCGUGCCCGGGCCCGGCGCUGAAUUCGCGGACUUCGGCAACCGUGAUUUACUUUUUGGUUUGACAUCCGAUGAAGCUUGGGUGAAUCUCACCGAGGAAGAUUUACAGAACGGCUUGAAUGAGACGAGGAGGGACCGUAUAUUGCGCACUUACGUCCGGAACACCUACCGGUACCAUUUGCAUGAAAUCUAUUCGACUCUUCGGAACGAGUAUACCGACUGGGAGCGAGGCGAACAGAGUCCCGUGGCGAUCUGCGAAGGUCUCUUAUCUCUCCUCGGAGACGGCCAAGUCGCCGCGCCACUCCUCAGACUGGCCUUACUGCAUUCGACUUCGGAGGGACGUGGCUAUUUCCUGCAUUUCCAGCCGGGUGAACUGCCGAGCCAAAGGGGCGAGGAGAUACCAUAUCUCCUGGGUAUACCUUUUCUUCGCGGCGAAGUCACGUCCGUGGUGCCCACCUUUGGCAACUACACCCCAGCCGACGAGAAUCUGUCGAAACUACUUGUACACUACCUGGCUAACUUCGUGAGGCGUGGGGAUCCAAAUGGCGCGAGUCCUUUGUCCUCGGGAUUGGAAAACGGCCUGGCGACGAGUCCGCCGUUUUGGGACUCGUACGAUUCCAUAAAUCAACUGUACUUGGAGGCCGCUCACAGCCCGGAGAUGCGUUCGCACUACAGAGGCCACAAGAUGUCCCUCUGGCUGAAUCUGCUGCCGCAACUGCACCGGCCGGGUUACGAACUCAAUAUGCGGCACCAUCAUCUCGCGGAGAAUCCUGGUCUCUACGAGGGUCCGGUGCGUCCACAGAGCACGGCCGUACCUAUACCAGCACCUCCGUUACCAAUGCCAUCACCCACGGAACCCUCCUCGAUACUGACUGCGCUAUCGACCACGGAAUGCACCCCGAAUGCGACUGUCGCGACGACCAUCACACCUACCACUUCGCGAACAUUGCAGAUCUCGAAUCUAGGUCCGGGCCCCAACAACCUCCUGCGCAAACUUGCGUCUAGUCAUUAUCAGAGCUAUACCACGGCUCUUACAGUCACUAUUGCAGUGGGUGUGUUCUUGCUGCUGCUCAACAUCCUAAUCUUCGCGGGGAUAUACCACCAACGCGACCGGAACACAACCAGUGGCGGUCUGUCGGGCACUUUUAGCAACAAGAAGAAGGAGGAGUUCCUGGAGGCUGGUUGUUCCGGCAUGGACACUUCGGGCAAACAGCGACUACCGUCUUCCAUGAGCAUGAUAGAUUCGCCAUCGUCGAUGCUGCCACCGCACAAGGCGAAGCUCGUGCAGGAGCUCGAGUUGCAAUUGCAGGAGUUUCAGUGCUCACCGCCACCCGGCGGUGGUAAACGGAUCCUGGAACCGCCAUCCUACAGUAAGAGUCCGUGUAUUCAACGGACCCGCACGCCGUCGCCCUGUGUAGACGCCACUAUCGCCCAGAUGGAUGAAGUCAACAUUAGCGGUCUUCAUCACGAUAGCGAGGACGAUAACGAGGACCUGCCGGAACCACCGCCCCCGCCCAAGGCUCCGGCACCAAACGUCGGUCUCACAUGCCCUGGAAUUCUGCGGCAACCCGGGACACCUGGUAGCGCAAAGAAGCGCGUGCAAAUUCAAGAGAUCUCCGUGUGAUAGAGUGCGGGAUCCCGGUCUCUCGAGAUCUUUGAUGCUGGAGGGUGUGGUUCGCGAAUGAGGCGUGACGAGAGGACAGCAUCGAUCGAGAUGUAUAGGUGAGGGACGCCUGUGAACUCUGAUUAUUAUCGGGAAUACACUUCCUAAAACGCGAGAGUCACGAUUUUCUAAGUCAUUGUCGAAGCGAAUUUCGUCCCUCAUAAUCUCGUGAGAUUAUUACUUCCGUUUGAGGAUAAAUAGCACGUUCUCGCGCUCACGUGUUCAAUGAGUUCGAUUAACUUGUGCGAGAUGAAAGCGCGAUCCUUUUGGCGUAAACGUUUGGCGGUCGUGUUAAUAUAAAUUCUCUUCUCAAAACUGUUCUUACUCUUAGAAGACUUACUUAUUGCAGACUGUUAAACACACAGAAACGCGUUCAAGCUUACAAUCCUUGUUGUUUUAAUGAUUCUCGUCAGAAAUGGUUGCCAACGUACGUAGCGUUUCGCGAUUGAAGAAAGUGAAACAUAAUUUUUACUCGCUCCGAACGAAGUUGUACAGUGCCGUGUGUGUGUCCAUAUACAAGUCAGCGUUGAAAGUGUGUUAUAUUGUAUUGAAGGAUUUUGUACCAAGUCCUUCGGUUGGUGAUCCACAUCAUGUAACACAAUUUGAUGAACGCACAAACGGACACGUAACAUGUAAGAGAACAUACAGGAGGUUCGUAGAAGUCCCUUUGUACCCGAGACGUGAAUCUUCGUCCGUCCAUUAGGGACGGCAACGUCUGGCGCUUGAAAUUCACGGA